GCUUCGGAACUAGGUCACAACAGGAUUGUGCAGAUGCUGCUAGACAGCGGCGCAGAGGUCGACGCGAGAGGUGGAUACUACGGCAACGCACUACAAGCAGCUUUAGCAAACGGCCACGGCAAUAUCGUGCACAUGCUGCUAGAUAGAGGCGCAGAUAUUAAUGCGCAGGGUAGAGCUUACGGCAAUGCCUUGCAAGUAGCUUCACAUAAAGGCCAAGAUAAGGUCGUGCAGAAUCUGCUAGAUAGAGGC